CUGCAGUGCCCAGCUCAGCUGUGGGACCCAGUGUGGGCAAACCAGCUUCGGAUUCGGACAGACAGCGACAAAACAUCAUCUCCCGCCUCUCCGCUCUCUCCCGGUCAAUUCUGUCACUCCGACAUCACACCAUCCACCACCCACCCGCCGCCGUCGCCAACAUGCUCCUGUCCCGCACCGCCGUCGCCGUCGCCCGCCGGGCCACCGCUGCCCCCGCUCUCCGUCGCAGCAUCGCCACCACCCUUGUGCGCUGCAACGCCGAGACCAAGCCUGUCCCCCACAUCAAGCGUCUCUCCGAGAUCAAGACCAAGGAUGACCUCUUCGGCCCCGGUGCCGCCCCCGGCACUGUCCCCACCGAUCUCGAGCAGGCCACCGGUCUUGAGCGUCUCGAGAUUCUCGGCAAGAUGGAGGGCGUCGACGUUUUCGACAUGAAGCCCCUUGAUGCCUCCCGCAGGGGCACCAUGGAGAACCCCAUCUCCGUCCGCUCCGCCGGUGAUGAGCAGUACGCCGGUUGCACUGGCUUCCCUGCCGACUCCCACAACGUCAUCUGGCUCACCAUGACCCGCGAGCGCCCCGUCGAGCGCUGCCCCGAGUGCGGCAACGUCUACAAGAUGGACUACGUCGGUCCCCAGGACGACCACGCCCACGACCACGGCCACGACCACCACGGCUUCGAGGAGCCCAAGACCUUUGCCGACUACGUCAAGCCCGAGUACUGGUAAAUUACCCAGUUGUGUUGGGUUUGCCAAGGGAGGUUUGAGGUUUUGUGUAGUGGGUUGUUAAUAGAAGAAGACAUUGACAAAUACGAUGCAUGCAUAUG